AUGUCUCAUUCAUCAAUCCAAUAUGAAGAAUUUAAGCUCAGCGAUGAUGUACUUGAACAAAUAAAAGAUUUUAACAAUAAAAAUUUAACUGAAGAACAAAGUUUGUUAAUUGAUAAACUAAUAUUAAAUGAAAAAUUAAAAUACCUGUAUAAAAGGAAUGGUUUAUGCAAAGAAUAUAAAACUGCUUAUAAUUGGUGUCAAUGUAUCAUUCAACAAAAUUUCAAAAAUUGGACUAGUGGAAAUCAUGAAAUUGAUAAGUUUAUUCAAAAAGCACAACUUAAUUAUUGGGGAAGUUUUGAGUGGAUUGAAUAUAAUAGAUUUGAAAAUGUUAAAUAUUUGGCCAAAGGAGGAUUUGGAACUAUUUAUGAAUUAUGA